GAGUACAUAGCCAGCUGAUGGAUUUUUCAAAGGCGAGCGUCACCCGUAGGAACAUCUUUACCACAGCGCCGGCAAGCACACACACACACAUGCAUCCCGGCACACAUCAGCUUAAAAUACGGUAAAGGAUGCUAGUGGGCCAAGACCUGCAAACGGAAAAACUAAAGGGAGAAAAGCUAGAUUACUUACUGUCCGUCGCCAAGAGGAAAGAAAAGACAAGGACACAAAUUGCAUCUCCGGGGAAACUUGUAAAGGAGAAAUCAGAGCCAGAGGUGAUUUUGGAGUUGGAAAGUGAAGAAGUGGAGGCUGGUGAGCUUAUACUUCCACUCUCUGUAUCAUUCAUUCACUGCCCAGGCAACCAUCAUUUCUACCAUUUCCUGGGCCAUCAGCUGCCAGCCCUCCCACUCGCCUGUUUGCUCCAUCAAGUGUUUCCUGCUAGUGCCUCAGAAGGGUGUAGUGCAUGCCAGACUCUCCUGAGGAAAGAUAAUGACUCUCAUAAAAGAAAAAGACGUAGAAAAGCAAGAUUAAGGUCUCAUGGUUUGUGCAGCACCCAACAGGAGACAAGGAAUGUUUGUGCCACCAGAGCUGGAUGUUACAAGAAGGAGAGAUGCCUCAGAAAUAUUGGUGGGACUGAACUCCUCCUCAGCCCGCCUGUCUCAUCACUGCACAGCCCAGAUACAGAAAGGCAGCUGACUAGUGGCUCAAGUUGUGAGGUAGCAUCACCAACAAUGACAACAGUGGAAGGAAUAGAAGUGGUGCGGGAGAUUGGGCGUGGAAACUAUGGCUCAGUGUGGCUGGUGAGGCAGCCAGGCUCCUCCAAGAACUUAGUGCUCAAAUGUGUGGAUCUGACUCAUUGCAGUGUAGGGGAGGUGGAGGCUGCCAGGCAGGAAGUCCGUAUUCUAGCAGGGUUGAGGCAUCCAAAUAUAGUAUCAUAUAAGGGAUCCUUUGAGGUUGGUCGGCGGCUGAAUCUUUUGAUGGGUUACUGUGCCGGGGGGGACAUGGCUUCCCUCAUUAAGCGGCAACGUGGACAAUUAUUUCCUGAAGUAAAGAUUGUACGGUGGCUCAUCCAGAUUACAAUGGCACUGCAGUACCUGCACAAUCGACGCAUCCUUCACCGUGACCUCAAGACACGCAACAUCUUCCUGACACGCUCUGGACUCAUCAAGCUUGGAGACUUCGGCAUUGCACGCAUCCUUGGCUCCUCGCAUGAUAUGGCCACUACCCUUGUUGGCACACCUUACUACAUGAGUCCUGAACUGUUUGCUGGCCUGCCAUACAACCACAAGUCAGAUGUGUGGGCACUUGGGUGCUGUCUUUAUGAGCUGGCCACUCUCAAGCAUGCCUUCCCUGCUAGAGAUAUCCCUGGCCUUAUCUCCAAGAUUUCUAAAGGCAAGAUUGUUGGCCUGGAUGAGCAAUACAGUGAUGACCUGAGGCAUCUGGUGCUGAGCCUCAUGACUCGCAGCCCUGAGCACCGUCUUUCUGCAUCACAAAUAUUGCGCCUUCCAUACAUCAGGCAGCAUAUGUCUCUGUUCCUCAAGGAUACUAGUGAUAAUGCUGAAGAGAUAAAUGGAUCUGAAAAACUACCCACUGAAAAGAAAAUAUUGCCUGAUGUCUUGCAGGAUUCAGGAAUGAGUGGUGUCCAGUCAUCAUUGGAAGGCAAGCAGCCUCCUAAUACUGCUCAUGAAAAUGUUGGUCAACACAAGCACUUAGUGGCAAGAAGGUGCUGUGAGAUCAUCCCAAGUGAGUUUGAAUCAUUGCAAAUUGCUGGUGAUAAGAUAAAAUUGGAGGAAAGGGACCGAAGUGAAACAAAACCAAGUGGCACCAAGGAGUGCCACUGUUCUCGCAAGGAAAAAUUGCAGCAACAUUCCUGCAAUAGUGGCCACUUGCAUUCCCAAUCUCGUGCUCGGCGACGUGACAAUAGAGAGGUGGAGGAAAGUGGGGACAGCUUCCAGGAUCACUUGAGUCCCUCCGUAGUCUCCUCACUCACAAGCCGUAAGACCCCUAUACCACCACAUUCCUCCCUAUCUGCACGAGAGCGGCGGCGACAGCAGAGGAGAGGGGAGAAUGAGAAUGGCAGGUCUUCCACAUCUGGUGAUGGACACAAAGGAGAAAAGGAUGACUCAGAAAGCAGUAGUUCACAGUCCCCAACUGAGGAUUCUGAUGAAUACAGUAACUCAGACACCAGCACUGCUACACCCCCUCAAGGUUAUGAAGAGGAUUUCCUUCAGAGUCUAAGCUCAACACUUACAGAAACUAGUAGCCCAAGUGAAGGUGAAAGUGAGCAGACAGAAGAGGAUAAUGUGGGACAUCUGGAAGCAACAAUUGCCAAGCUGGAAGAUUAUCUGGUUACCAAGAUGGGCAAGGUGCAAGGCAGACUAGUCAUAAAUGUGUUGAAAGAGGAAGAUGACGACGAUGAGGUAGAAGGAAACUGGGAGGCCCGAUUAAGGGAGGUGGAACAGUUGGUUGGAAGUAAACUGGAUCCUGAUGUUGCUACCACUGCUUGGCACCUCCAUCUUUGUUAUGUACUGCAACACACCUGAGAAAGGGAAGUGACAAUACUAAAAUGUCUGUGAUCCAUUAUAGAUCUAAGCUACUUUUUGGGUCCAAAAGAUAAUGAUCAUUCCUAUGAUAGCAAUGGUAUGUGAGGUGCUGUACAUCUGGCAGCUUUUCAUCAUUCAGUCUUCAGUUAAAUUUCAGGGCAGAGCUCAAGGAGAAAAUUCUGUAUUAGAUCUGUUUUUGAGGUUAGUGCAUUAAGAGCAAGGGAUUGUUAGAAGCUGCCAUUUUAUAUACUAUUUAAGAGCUUCCAAUAUUUAUAAAAUACUCACAUGUCCUAUUCUAGAACUUCUAUCAUGUAAAUAAUUCUGGUUUUAAAGAAUGAUUUUAUCAUCCCUUUCUAGUGUUGUCCCUUAUCUUUUUCAUAAUUUUAAUACAAGUUGUGGAGUCAAUCAAUGAUGAUCAUUCUGCCAAAUGUACAGAGCUCAUUCUAGUGUAGGUUUGGCAUAUUCAUAUCGUUCAUUUCUUCUUAUAUUGGUGUAGAAUGGAACAUGACUUUUGAGUUCCCAGUUUUCUCAAAAAACCAUGUGACCAAAAUUCAUGGCACUAAUUUUAUUUUAAUAAAAAAAUGUAUUCAGUGCUCCAGUUUGCCAGUAGUAACUUAUACAAAUUAAUUUUAACACAGCAUAACAGAGCUGUCAUGGCCAUGUGCUCAAGCAGGAUCACUGGAUUUCAUCACUUGCAUGUGUGGAGUCGUGGUCUGUAUACCACUUGCACUACUCUUCACUCCUUAUUAAACCUUGCCAUGGUGGCCAGUGUAGUAGUAGUGCACACUGCAAAGGUAAAAACCCACCAUGAAGCAUCCACUCUUUACUUUCACCUUUCACCUGAUUGGCUAUUAACAUGUGGGAAUAAAUUAGUGAGACGUACCUAACAAAUAUACAUACCUUAGAGCUGCAAUGUGUAGUCUUAAGUGUUAAAGGUGUUAAAUUCAUUACAUUGUGUUUGUUGGUGCAGUGCCGAAGAACAUGGAAAAAUUAUUAUAUAGCAAGAUAAUGAAUUUAAAAUACUAAGGGACAAAUAUAGUCUCCCUGCUCUUGAUCACACUCAGAGUACAUUAUAAUAUGAUUUUAAAUGUUAAGUAUCACCAGUUAAUUCCCUUAAUUUAUCAUGUGUACUUGGAGACAAACUAUGCUAUUUUUUAUGAUAAUAGUGGUUAUUAUUAUACUGUGAAAAUAGCAGGGCCAAUUUUGCUGGGCCAAUUUUAAUACUUCCAUAGUAUAUUUUACAAUAAUGAAUAAAUAAUAUUAAGAAAAUAUUUUAAUUUAAAAUAAUAUAAAAUAUUAAUGUAAAUAGAAUGCAAGUACUUGAGAAAAGAGAUGAGCAUUGAUGUUAUCAAUGUUCAUCUUCUUUUUCACACUGCUUUACAUAGUAUGCAGUGGCAGUGCUUUACUAUCCUCCAACAAUAGUACAAUACAUGUAUACUGUCUGAAGAUGGUAAUGGUAAGUCUCUUGACUAAGAAUCAAGGAGAAUAAUCAUUGUGGUGUGUAGGAAAGGUGGGACAAUGGAUAUGUGUGUGAAUGUGUAACAACUUACUUGUAUUGUGUGUCCAUUGAGGAUGCUUGCUGUAUGUUGGUGUUCUGCACAUCACCAAACAUCUCCCUGAAACAAAGACAAAACAAACUAUUUAUAACUCAAACAAUAAAUUUUUUUGUAUAUAUCCAA